UUCCGGUGCGUAACGGAAGUGACUUUUUUUCCCCCGUUUCUUUACUGUUGAAGCUCUGGUGGAGACACGCAGCCAUGCCCCUUGCUAAAGAUCUGCUGCACCCCAGUGCAGAGGAGGAAAAGAGGAGUCACAAGAAGAAGCGGCUUGUGCAGAGUCCUAAUUCCUAUUUCAUGGAUGUCAAAUGUCCUGGUUGCUACAAGAUCACCACAGUAUUCAGCCACGCUCAGACAGUGGUGCUGUGUGUCGGCUGCUCCACGGUCCUGUGCCAGCCGACGGGGGGGAAAGCUCGCCUGACAGAAGGAUGCUCCUUCAGGAGAAAACAACACUAGUGUGACCAAGCCUGGCUGCACAGGUGAGAAGGAGAACUUGACGGACACCAGGUGACGCUGCCUAAGAUGCAACGCGGGGGGGAAAGGAAGACAACGGGGAUAAAUCACGCUGAAGCGGCGACUGGGCAUGCUGGAAUCCCUCAGACAUCCAAUACCUUCUUAUUGUUAUCUCUGAAUAAACCAGGGGUUGGUUGAGAUGAACUGAUUUCACGUUUGUCAUCCAGUUUGUUGCUCUUUAACCCUUGACGAUUCUUGAAUCUUGCCCUGUCAGCUUACCACCUACACGUGGUGAGAGGUGCAGUUAAUUUGUAGUGCUGGGUCAGGAUUCCCUGCUUUAAGCCCCACAUUUAAAGGAAAUUGAUGUCUAGAAAUGAGGUUUUGCUUCUGCACAAAAGGGAUUAAUGCAGAUCUUUGAAGGCACUAAAGCGAUUUUCAAGAAAAUCUACAAGCGAUGCUCCAAAUGAUCUUUGCGGCAGUUUCCUGAGAGCCUUCAUUCUUGCAGCUCUGCAGUGAAGUCUGUUGCUGUGACUCUGAGGGUUGAUCAUGGGAAAGCCACACGCAGCACCCAGAGGGGAUAUGUUGAUAAGUAAUAAUGAGAAGUAGCUGUAGGUUUGAGCAUGCAAGCUUCCUGUUGAACAUAUGUUGGAGGAAUUGAUGUAAGAAGGAGUGUGAAUGUUUGAAGCACCUUUCUGUUGCUGUUCUGGGGGGAACGUUCGACCAUCUGUACAGCGUUUCAGGUGAACACUGAAGCGUCUCAAUUGGGGAAUGAUUCAAUGAUAAUUUUAUUGUUGCUUAUCCUCCUUGUGGCCUGCUUUUUUGUGUGUGGACACAACUUGUUAAUAAAAUCAUGGGAAAGGUGA